CGUUCGCGGAUGGUUUCGGGGACGUCACGGUUGGUGGAAACGCCACGAAGAUUUAUGAGGCGAUCAGGGAUGGCGAAUUACAGAAGGUGAUUGUGGAUAUCUUCCGUGAUAUAUAAUGUGGUGGGGGUGGGUGAUGGUGAAGUCCGCGAAUCCCCAAUUUCUUUCGUUGUAUCAUAGAUCCUUUUCACUCUUCAUUCACGCACAAAGAUACCCCCAUGUUGUUGCAAGUGGUUUAAAGCUGGGUUUCUUUGAUGAUUAAUUGUAGCCUUUUUUUUUUGUCUUUCUUUCCUUCCUUUCUUUGCGUGUACAUAUAUUUCUAGUCCUCGUUCUGUUAUGGACCUCAACGGUGUUACACUCCCCAGCUCAUUGUCAAGUUCAAUUUCACAACCAGCCGCACGAAGCGGAGAUGAGGGCUACACAUAGACUAAAUCAAGUCACGAUGGUACGGUCACUAACAUACGCCUGUUCCAGCCAAGGAAAUGACCAGUUGGCGCCCACUUAAUUCGCAAGCUGGCGUGGUUAAUCGAGA